AUGGAGAAGGAGAGAAUGGGAGUGUUGGUGGGAACAGGGAUGGGGAGCUACACGGCUUUCACUAAUGGAGUGGAAGCCUUACUUGAAAAGGGGAAUAAAAAAAUAAGUCCAUUUUUCGUUCCAUAUUCACUAUCAAACAUGGGGUCUGCGUUGCUGGCUAUAGACACCGGCUUCAUGGGGCCCACUUACUCCAUCGCAGCUGCUUGUUCAACUGCAAAUUACUGCUUCAUUGCUGCUGCAACCCACAUUAGACGAGGCGAGGCGGAUGUGAUGGUGGCCGGUGGAACGGAUGCUGCAAUCGUGCCACUCGCAAUUGGAGGUUGCACAGUCGCCAGAGUCUUGUCCAACAGAAACGACGAGCCACACAAGGCGUCGAGGCCGUGGGACAUACACCGCGAUGGAUUUGUGAUGGGAGAAGGUUGUGGAGUGUUGGUAAUGGAGAGCAUGGAGCACGCCAUGAAAAGAGGAGCCAAGGUUUAUGCAGAGUAUUUGGGAGGUGCAGCUACCGUUGAUGCUCAUCACAUUACAAAUCCACGCCCCGACGGCCUAGUCGUUGCGUCUUGCAUAAUCAAGGCUUUGGAAGAUGCUGGAGUGGCUGCUGAAGAGGUUAACUAUGUGAAUGCUCAUGCAACAUCAACUCCAGUUGGAGACUUGGCUGAGGUUAAAGCCAUCAACAAAGUAUUCAGCAACACCUCUCACUUGAAGAUGAAUGCCACCAAGUCAAUGAUCGGACACGGGCUGGGAGCUGCGGGUGGGUUGGAAGCAAUAGCGACGAUUAAAGCAAUCAACACUGGUUGGUUACAUCCUACACUCAACCAAGAUGAGUUGGAGGCUGAAGUCACCAUUGACACUAUCCCAAAUAUAAAGAAGCAGCAUCAAGUGAAUGUUGCCAUAUCCAACUCAUUUGGCCUUGGAGGCCAGAACUCAGUUGUUGUCUUCGCGCCCUUCAGCCCUUAAAACGGCCUUACAUUUUCGUGUAUGAAUUUUCCUUAAUAAUUUGGACCUCCGAUCCAAAACAUUACUAUAAGAAUUGGAUGUUCAAAUUUAUUUAUGUUAACUUUUUUAAU